AUACACAAUAAUGUUGUUCUUCUAAACCCUAAAAGCUUGCGCCUCUCUAUCAAAAUUUCGAGUUCCUCUCUCCAUCUUCUUCUCUUCCUCCUUUCCUCCUUCUCCCUCUUCUCCCUCAAUUCUCCCUAUUGCCCAUUUUUCUUCUCAUCCAAGGAUCUCACCUCUCCUGAUGUUGUAACCAAGUACAAAAGCGCUGCAGAGAUCGCUAACAAGGCUCUGCAAUUGGUUAUUUUGGGAUGUAAACCUAAGGUCAAGGUUAUCGACAUUUGGGAGAAAGGGGAUUCGUUCAUCAGAGAGAAAACUGGUAACAUGUACAAGAAUGUCAAGAAGAAGAUUGAUAGAGGGACUCUAUGUACAACACUGUGUAUUUCUGUAAACAAGGAUUAUUACAAAAUGAUGGAGAUUGAUUAUGAUGCAACAGAUGAAGAUAUUAGAUUAAAUUACCGAAGACUCGCCCUGAAAUGCCAUCCCGACAAACACAACCAUGAUACUUCUGUUACUGCACAAUUUCAACAGAUAAAUGAAGCUUACACUGGUAAUUCUCUCAUUAUUCUUCUGCCUUUACUCAAUUUAGUAUAUUAAAUAACUUCCUGAUCUGUUACUUGUCAGCCUCAGAUUUCUAUUAUCUCACCCAACCAAUCAUGUAAAACCCGUGCACAAUCUCAUUAGAUGAUAUGACUUUAAUUGAUACAUUUAAUCGGCAGCUCCACAUCAUUUGAACAAGAUCUGUGUUUGGCUUAUGCUUUAGAAAACAACAAGCAGCUAGUUGUUAACAAUAGCUGUGGUGGAUAUUUUCUUACACUAGUCUUUCAAUUAUUCUCUAGUAUUGAGCGAUCCUGUCAAGCGUCUUGACUAUGAUUUAACUAGGGCAUGUAUGAUUGACAAGUACAACUUGCAGUAUGAAUGGAUGAAAAAGGAUACAACAUCAGUUAAUAGACAGCAUACUCAUGGUUAAUCUUCAUGGCGAAGUUUUGCAGCAGCAGCUUGUGGUUAUUGGAAGGUAUUUUGGACUGUUUUUGGUCUUGUAUUUUGCAGGUUGAGUUAUGGAUACUAAACAAGAUUCAUGGCAUAGUCAAGUGCUUCAAAUUCAUGUUGGUGCAGUCAGAUGAGAAAUGGAGUAGACACAACCAGUUUUUUUAGCAAAAUUCGUGAUGAAUUAGGUGGA